AUGCGUAAGGUCCUGUUGCUGGUCUUCAUCCACGGCUUCAAGGGUGGUGAUACAACCUUUGGAACCUUUCCCGACCACAUUACCGCCCUUGUCCAACAUGCGCUUCCGAAACUGGACAUUCGGUUCUUGGUGUAUCCCGCUUUUGAGACCAGAGGGGCCUUGGAGGAAUGCGUGAGCAGGUUUAGAGAUUGGCUGCUGGAGAAAGUCAUCGAUAUUGAAGUCCAAAAUCAUACUCCAUCCCCCACCGUCGAACCUUCUGUACGGGCUAUUUUAGUGGGACAUUCUAUGGGUGGCAUCGUUGCAGCAGACACCUUACUCGCCCUUACGAAUGACCUCCCCAUCGAUACCUCUGCUCCCGCCGACCUUAAAAAGCCAGAACUAAACUCCUUCAUGUUUCCAUAUGUUCAAGGCGUCUUAGCAUUUGACACACCUUACCUCGGAAUCUCGCCUGGCGUUGUUGCACACGGAGCGGAAGAACAUUACAAUACAGCAACGAAUGCGCUUACGCAGUUGAGCGGGCUUACAGGAGCAAUCUGGGGAACUAAAGCCGCCGCAGAUGCAGAGGGUUCCAAAGACAAGAAACCCUUAACAGCAUUGCCUGCUCCACCUCCAUCAGACGCCCCUAUACCAAUGUGGCAAAGAUGGGGGAAGGUCGCGGCUAUUGCUGGAGCUGGAGCUGCUGUGGUUGCUGCAGGAGGCGCAGCGUACCUGAAAAGGGAAGAGAUCACAUCAGGAUGGUCUUGGGCAACGUCUCAUCUCGAAUUUGUGGGCUGUUUGAUGAAGGGACCUGAGCUGCAGAAGAGAGUCGCUGGAAUAGUGCGGCUGAACAAAGAGUUACAUGUCGGAUUCGGAAAUCUCUACACCAGAUUGGGGAAGAAGGCUGUCAGCAAAGGGGAUGGAAAGACUAUGGUCGGGAGUGUUAUUGGGAAUCAAAGGACCUUUUGCAAUCUGCCCAAGAAGGAGUCGAAGGAGUUUUGGCACGAAGCAAUCAAUGACGAGGCUGCAGAUGAGGCUUGGGCACAUAUGUCUAUGUUCUACCCGAAAGACAAUCCAGGCUUCUAUGCGAUGUCCGAGGAUGCCAAGAAACUCAUAGUCCAGUGGGCCACCAACGAAUGGUCCGAGUCAAGUACUGGAGAUACGAAGCUCCUGGUUGAGCACGAAUUAUAG